AUGAUGCAAGGCAAAGCAACAAGUUAUCAACACAAAGAUAAACUCAUGUUAGAUGAAGACAAGUUUAGAAACUUGUCCAUGCUUGAGAGAUCAACCAUAAGGAAGGUUGUUUCUAAGAUGGAAGUAAGCAAGACAACAAUUGGUAGAUUUCUUAAGAGUAAUCAGUUGAAACCUCACACAAGUGCUAUCAAGCCUACACUUACUGAAACCAACAAAAUUGCAAGGAUGAAAUGGUGUCUUUCUCAUAUUCAACCAACACUAGCUGAAGGUAAACUUCUUUACCAUUCAAUGCACAACAUUGUUCAUAUUGACGAGAAAUGGUUCUACAUGACAAAGACAUCAGAUAGAUACUACCUUUUGCUGGAUGAAGAUAUGUCAUACAGGUCCUGCCACUUUGUGGGGCCUGAUGGAGAAAUCAUAUUCGAUGGUAAAAUAGGCUUAUUCCCAUUCACAGAACAAAUACCAGCCCAAACAAGUUCAAAGAACAGGCCAAAAGGGACACUUGAGACAAAGCCUAUUCAAUCAAUUACCAAGGAAGUCAUGACAGCUUGUCUCCUAAACCAGGCCAAAUGGCCAGCCAAUGCAAGCAAGAAGAUUUUCAUACAGCAAGAUAAUGCCAAACCUCACCUUAGAGCUGCUGAUCAACAGUUUGAGUCACUUGCUAGUACUGAUGGGUUUGAAUUCCAUCUAAUUAGCCAACCACCCAACUCCCCCGACACAAAUGUGUUAGACCUUGGUUAUUUCAGGGCAAUACAGUCACUUCAAGAUGACAAGAUGGCCACAAGUGUAGAUGACUUGUUUAGGAAUGUGUUUACCUCAUUUGAAGAACUCUCACCACAGACUCUGAAUAGAGUAUUCAUCACAUUGCAAAGCUGUUUGACAGCAAUAUUACAAGUGCAAGGGAAGAAUGACUACAAGAUCUCUCAUUUAAAUAAGGACAGAUUAUACAGAACAGAGGGGCUGCCUUUACAACUUCAGGUUGAAGAGGGUUUGGUGAGAGAGAGCUUGGAGUACCUAAAGCUGUCUGAAAACAACACUGUGGACACAUAUGACAUGGGGCGGCUUAACCAUGCUUUAGGGUACUAG